UUCACAAAUCAUUAAUUCAAAAGUAUAUUAGCGACAGCUUUCUCGACCAUUUGAUUGAUUAAUAAACCUAGAGAAGAAACAGGGGAGCCCAGAGACGAGAAAAAAAAAAUACAAGAGAUAGAACUCCUUUCACUCAAAAUUAGAUCAACUCUCAAGCCUGCCUUCUUAUUUAUUGAGAUGAUACAGCAAAACCUUUUGUCUUCUUUAAAUUGACAUAAAAAUCCAAUCUUUUCUCACUGCGGGGUUUCCCUCCUUAAACACCAAGCUCUCACCUUCUUUUCCUGUAAUGCUUAUUUCUGUUGGGUUUUAGCUCUUCAUAUUAACGAGUCAUUCUUGAACUUGAAGUAUAAUAACGAGUCAUUCUUAUUUUCAAUUGUCCCUCUAAUGCAGACUGGUGUGAUAGAAAAUAUUGUCGAAGUAUUUUCCCAGAUCCCUCUGGUAUGGCAUUGGUUCUGAUUAUAUUGCCUUACUAAUAUAUUUUGGUGUUUUGAGGUAAAAAAUUCAACUUUAUCAAGUCAGAUUUUAGAUUCUUGUAGAUUGAGGGGAUUUUUGAAAUGGAUAAGUUACAGUGGGGGAAUAGAAAAAGGCUAAGAUGUAUGAAGGUGAAGGAAUCUUCUUCUAAUGGGAAAUCCGAUGGUUCUAUGAUGAAGAGGAAAACGGUUAGAGUUGAUAAUAAUAAGGGGACUAUUUCUCCUCCCCAUCGUUCCAACAGGGAUUUGGGGACAGCUAGGUCUAGUGCGAAUGAGUUUAGAAAGCCAAUGACAUCAUCAUCUCCUGAGAAAGAGGACAGGUAUUACACCACAAGAGGGUCGGUUGGAUUGGAUGAUCAUACCAAGUUGCUUCCGAAUCCAAAGGAAGAGAAGAAGAAGUUCGUUUGGCCCAAGCUACUCGUCACAUUGUCUAGCAAAGAGAAGGAAGAGGAUUUUAUGGCAAUGAGAGGUACCAAACUUCCUCAGAGGCCUAAGAAAAGGGCGAAGUUGAUUCAACGAACCAUUCUUUUAGUGAGUCCAGGUACAUGGUUAUCUGAUCUGUGUCAGGAGAGGUAUGAGGUGAGGGAAACCGAAAAGAAGACUUCCAAGAAGAAGCCAAGAGGGUUGAAGGCCAUGGGAAGCAUGGUAAGUGAUUCAGAAUAGGAUUUGGAGGAAAAGACAGAAGCAGAUCCCCUUAGGUUGGGAUGUGAUUUUGGUGGUUCUGUUUUGUUGAAGCAGCAAAGAGAUUGUAAGAUUUUGAAUGGCUUCUAUUCUCUUAUCCCAUAUGAUGAGUGGUGGGCUCUUGGGUCUUUUUUCCCUUGACAUCUUUGGCUUUUUUUUUUUUUUUGAAAUUCCAUUCACUAUACUUGUUCUAUGGAUUCAGUCAAAAAGAUGCUUCCCUACUUUAAUGCCAUUGUGCUCUAUUUGACCUUGAAUUAUUUUUUCCAUAGGUCCAUAGCUGUCACACGUUCCUCUAUAAAAGAAGAAAUAAUAAAACAUUAUGUUUACAUGUAUUUUUAUCUUUUAAAUGAAUCUUAU